AUGGACUGGCCGAACCACAAAGACUACUGCAAGAACAUGCAGCAACGGAAGAUACUGCUGCGAGCUGCCCAGGUACUGAAGGCAGCCAUGUUGGCAUACAGGGAGAUUGUAUACGACGUGGACCUAACUAAGAUCGAGUACCGAGAUGGAGUCCUCUAUCUCCACCAAAUUCAAAGACCGGUUUCAUCCCAAUCCAAACGCGGUCCCUUCCCAAACCACAUGACCGACAACAUCGAGCACAAGGAAGCGGCUCUCGUCAAAAGCCAAUCCACAGCAGCCAUAGCGCUCUUGGGCCCCUUGACCAGAAGACUUCUUCGAGGUGUACCAUUGAAAAUUGAGAGCAUGGUCGUCAAUAUCGGAAAACCACGGGUUCCAACUAGGCUCGUUCCCGGUCCUGACUUGCACGGAGGUCCACACACGGUGUUGAAAAUAGGAACCGAGAGCAACGAAACAUGGAUCAUCGAUACAACAGGCUGCCAGUAUGGAUUCCGAGAUGUGUUUAUUCCAUUUGGAAAGUAUUUUCUUGACAACAAAUGCCGGAUAUUGAAUGGACCCCGGAUUUACGACACAUACGAGAUGAACGACUUGGACUACUUGUCAACUCUUCAUGUCUUCUACAAAACAAAAGCGCAACGUCAGGAUAUGCGACUAAAACGACUGACCCGUCACCAUUUUGCCGUCUUCGUUUAUCUGAGUGUUCACGAUAACUUCCUUGUGGGGUCCGAUGCCGACUACAAACGAAAAAUCGGUCACUUCGUCAAUGAGCUCAAGACUCACAUGGUUGAUUCUAUAAGGAAAGUAGGUGACGAUUUUGAAGAUUCUGAAGAUGAUUGA